AUGGCAGCAAGUGAUACUCAAUCUGCAUCAGAUGAAACAACUCCGUUGGUUAGAUUCGAUGAAUCUCGUUAUAUCCCGAAAGAUCAAAUUGAAUAUGAAUUUGGUGGUCCAAUUGGGGCCUUAGGGAUGAUGAUUGGGUUCCCUCUUUUAAUGUGGUAUAUGUGGAUCAGUGCUAAGUUCUAUAAUGGUCAAUUUGCUUUACCUUCAGAAGGUCAAUCUUGGAAAGAUUUUAUUAUUGAUGAUUUAUUUAGUAAAUGGGUUGAAAAUGGGAUCCCCUCAUUUGGUAAUUGGGCCUACUUCACUGGGUUUAUUUUGAUUCAAGCAUUAUUUUAUGUCACUUUACCUGGAGUUUGGACUAAAGGUCAACCAUUGACACAUUUGAAUAAUAAACAAUUGCCUUACUUUUGUAAUGCCAUUUGGUCAUUCUACACUAGUAUUGUAUUGCUGUUGGUUUUACAUUUCACCGGUGUGUUACCAGUCUAUUACAUGUUAGAUAAUGUUGGUGGUAUUAUGACAACUGCCAUAUUUUACGGUAUAUCAUUAUCAAUUAUUUUGUAUUUGGUUUGUCUAUUUGUUACUGGCGAUUAUCAUCGUAUGACUGGUAAUCAUAUUUAUGACAUGUUUAUGGGAGCUCCAUUAAAUCCUAGAAUUGGUAAAUAUUUGGAUUUGAAAAUGUUCUUCGAAGUUAGAAUUCCUUGGUUUAUUUUAUUCUUUUUAUCAUUUGGAUUAUGUUUCAAACAAUACGAAACUUAUGGAUACGUUACUCCUCAAGCUUGCUUUAUGCUUUAUGCCCAUUGGUUAUAUGCAAAUGCUUGUGCCAAAGGUGAAGAAUUGAUUGUGCCAACUUGGGAUAUGGCUUAUGAAAAAUUUGGGUUUAUGUUGUUGUUUUGGAAUAUUGCUGGGGUUCCAUUCAGUUAUUGUCAAUGUAUCUUGUACAUUGCUUAUCAAGAACCUGAAGUAUACCAAUGGUCUAUUGGAUAUAAUGUAUUCUUGUUUGCUUUAAUCACUAUUGCUUACUAUUUCUUUGACACUGGUAAUCGUCAAAAGAACAGUUUCAGAAGAUCUGUUGCUGGUAAUUCACAAUUACGUAAAACUUUCCCAUACUUGCCUUAUUCCGAUUUGGUUAAUCCAAAAUACAUAAAAUGUGCCAAUGGCUCCUUGUUGUUAACUGAUGGAUGGUACGUUUAUGCCAGAAAAAUGCAUUACACAGCUGAUUAUAUUCAAACAUUGACUUGGGCUUUAAUGUGUGGGUUUGGAUCUCCAUUCCCAUGGUUUUUCCCAAUCUUUUUCUUUAUUGUAUUGGUUCACAGAGGAUACAGAGACCAAAGAAAAUGUGCUAAAAAAUACGGUAAGGAUUGGGAUAGAUAUUUGGAAGCUUGUCCAUAUAUGUUUAUUCCUUAUGUUUGGUAA